CUGCAGCAGCCCCACAUGGACACUGAUAACCCGGACUCCCGCAAGCGACCGCUGGAAACUCCGGCGGAGGAGGCCGGCUGUACCAAGCGCACCAACACUGGAGAGGAGGGCGAGUACUUCCUGAAGGUGCUGAUCCCCAGCUAUGCAGCCGGCUCUAUAAUCGGCAAGGGCGGCCAGACCAUCGUACAACUGCAGAAAGAGACGGGUGCCACCAUUAAGCUGUCCAAAUCCAAAGACUUCUACCCAGGAACAACAGAACGGGUUUGUCUGAUACAGGGUACUGUCGAGGCUCUCAAUGGUGUCCAUAACUUCAUUGCGGAGAAAGUCCGCGAGAUGCCCCAGAGCGCACAGAAACCCGAGCCGGUCAGCAUACUGCAGCCGCAGACCACCGUCAACCCAGACCGUGUCAAACAGGCCAAAUUGAUCGUGCCCAAUAGCACAGCUGGCCUGAUCAUUGGCAAGGGAGGAGCCACGGUCAAAGCAGUGAUGGAGCAGUCAGGGGCUUGGGUGCAGCUUUCCCAGAAGCCAGAGGGCAUCAACCUGCAGGAGCGGGUGGUGACCAUCAGUGGGGAGCCCGAACAGAACCGCAAGGCUGUGGAGAUCAUAGUGCAGAAGAUCCAGGAGGACCCGCAGAGCAGCAGCUGCCUCAACAUCAGCUACUCCAACGUCUCGGGCCCAGUGGCCAAUUCCAACCCCACCGGCUCCCCCUACGCCAAUACCGCCGAGGUGCUGCCCAAUGCAGCCGCAGCAGCCGCCACCGCCUCCAGCCUUCUGGGCCAGGCCGGCUUGACAGGAAUGGGCGCCUUCCCCGCCACCAUGUCCAGCUUCUCUGGCAACGAUCUGCUGGCCAUCACCUCGGCCCUCAACACGCUGGCUAGCUACGGCUACAACACUAACACCCUAGGUCUGGGCCUCAACCCUGCAGCUGCUUCUGGGGUCCUCGCUGCAGUAGCAGCCAGCGCCAACCCGGCUGCUGCCGCCGCAGCCAACCUACUGGCCUCCUACGCUAGCGAUGCCUCUGGCGGCGCUGGCCACCAUGCUGCAGGCCUCGGUGGGUUCUCCCUGGGUUCUCUAGCAGCUGCUACAGGGGCUUCCAAUGGUUACCUUAAUGCUUCAUCCCCACUGAUGGCCUCCUCCCUAUUGGCAACAGAGAAGCUGGCAGAUGGGGCCAAGGACGUGGUUGAGAUCGCUGUGCCCGAGAAUCUGGUCGGCGCCAUUUUGGGGAAAGGAGGGAAAACGCUGGUCGAGUACCAGGAGCUAACGGGAGCCCGCAUCCAGAUCUCCAAAAAGGGAGAGUUCAUUCCUGGUACUCGGAACCGUAAAGUUACCAUAACAGGGUCUCCAGCCGCUACGCAAGCAGCGCAGUAUCUGAUCAGCCAACGGAUCACUUACGAGCAGGGCGUGCGCGCUACCAACCCACAAAAGGUGGGCUAAAAGGAAAAAGAAGAGGAAAGAAGGAAAAGGAUGAAGACAGAUAGAAGGAAAUCGAGAGGGUCGCGAUGAAUAGAAAAAAGAAACGUCCAAAUAUCUGUUCAAUAUUUCCGUAUCAAAUGAGAGAAUCACAAAAGGAGGAGG